CAUGCAAUCCUCACACGACAGACGUCUAUCUCUAAUACAAUAUCACUAGCUUUCUAUCUUUUCUCAAUUACCAUUUCCAAAUCCCUCUUUCGGUUUUGGAAAAAAAAAAAAGAUAUGAAGUCCUUAAGUAUAGCCAACCUCUCUCUUUUACUGCUUUGUAUUGGAGCCACACACCAAACUCCAUGGCCUUUCACUCUACUAUUUCCCUUUUUGUUUCUCUUAGCUAUCCUUCUGAACUAUUGGCUUGUCCCUGGAGGCUUUGCAUGGAGAAACCAUAACCAAAACUCUCCCAAACUGAAUGGUCCAAGUGGCUGGCCUAUACUGGGCACUUUACCUGACCAAAUGGGUGCUCUUGCUCAUCGCAAACUAGCUGCCAUGGCUUCAUCAUAUGGCGCAACUAGGCUCAUGGCAUUUAGUCUUGGAACCACACGUGCAAUCAUAAGCAGCGAUCCUGAUACUGCUAAGGAAAUCCUAUGUGGGUCUUCCUUUUCAGACCGACCUGUAAAAGUUUCAGCUCGUUUGCUAAUGUUUGAGCGUGCCAUUGGGUUCGCUCCCUACGAUAACUACUGGCGCCACCUUCGUAGACUUGCUGCAAAUUACAUGUUCUCACCUAGGAGAAUUUCGAGCCUAGAGGGACUGAGGCAACGUGUGGCUAAUGAAAUGUUGGGGGGAGUGUUGAAGGAGAUGAAAUUGAGAGGGGUUGUGGAAUUGAGAGGCAUAUUGCAAAAGGGUUCUCUAAGUAACAUAUUAGAGAGUGUGUUUGGAAGUUGUGUGGAGCUAGAAAGAGAGGAGUUGGGUGAUAUGGUUAGAGAAGGGUAUGAUCUUAUUGCAAAAUACAAUUGGGAGGACUAUUUUCCACUAAGGUUUUUGGACUUUUCUGGGGUGAAGAGAAGGUGUCAUAGAUUGGCUGGUCAGGUUAAUAGUGUUGUGGGGAAGAUGAUUAAAGAGAGAAAAAGAGCUGGAGAGUUCAGUAGUGGUAAUGAUUUGCUUAGUUCUUUGUUGUCUUUGCCUAUGGAGGAUCAACUCAGUGACUCAGACAUGGUUGCUGUCUUGUGGGAAAUGAUUUUUAGAGGAACUGAUACUGUUGCUAUACUUCUGGAGUGGAUUAUGGCAAGGAUGGUUUUGCACCAAGACAUUCAGGCAAAAGCACAGCAUGAGCUUGACACGUGCGUUGGAAAUCACAGGCACGUGCAAGACUCUGACAUACAAAAUCUACCUUACCUCCAAGCCAUAGUGAAGGAAGUUCUUCGUAUGCACCCUCCGGGCCCAUUACUCUCGUGGGCCCGCCUUGCUGUCCAUGAUGUCCACGUUGGAAAGGUCUUUGUGCCAGCUGGCACAACAGCAAUGGUCAACAUGUGGGCCAUAACCCAUGACUCAACUAUUUGGAAGGACCCAUGGGCCUUCAAGCCCGAAAGGUUUAUUGAAGAGGAUGUGUCUAUUAUGGGCUCUGAUUUGAGGCUUGCACCAUUUGGGUCUGGCCGCAGGGCAUGCCCUGGCAAGGCAUUAGGCUUAGCCACGGUGCACUUGUGGCUUGGAAGGCUUCUCCACCAAUAUAGGUGGCUUCCGGCACAGCCGGUUGAUCUUUCUGAAUGCUUGAACCUCUCUCUCGAAAUGAAGAAGCCGCUGGCGUGUCGCGUGGUUCAUCGGUGUGUGGGAUUAUGAGCUCAUGAAGCUAGUGAAUGUAAUUUGAACUUUGUACAUUUAAAAAAAAAAAGGUGUGAUUAAGUAUGUAGUAUGUCCAAUAUUUGUGUGUCUUGAGUUAAGUUUUUGGGGGGCACUGAACUGAACCUACAAACCUCAAAAAAAAAAAAAAAAUGUAAUGUAAGUUCAGUAGUGUCCCGUGGACAUUGUAAGCUUUUGUUGAAUUACUUAAUGAAGUUGCUUGAGUUUAUGUA